CUGGGGCUCCAGGCCCGGACAGAGAGGGAAGGCGAGGCGGGGAGACAGGGAAGCGGAGAGCGAGAGAAAGAGUGCACGCCGGGGUCCUCCUCGACCCCGCGGAUCCUUCUCUCCCGCCUCCCCUUCCUCUCCCUCUCGGCGCUCUCUCUCGGGCCCGGACCCCGGCCCCGGCCCCGGCCCCGCGCCCGCCCGCUCCUCCUCCCCUUCCCCUCCCACGCUGCCCGCUUCCCUUCCCCUCUGCCCCUCAAACCCUCCUCCCGGGUUCUGCGCUCCUCCCUCCGCCCUCCCUCCGCCCGGCCUGCCUCCUUCCCUCCUCCUCCCCUCCUCGCCCCGGGAGGCAUCACUUCUUCCCGACCCGGAGGAAGACGCGAGCCCCUCGCGGGCGGUCACCACAGCCCAGCGCCGGGGCCGCCACCGCGCGCCGCGCCUGUGCGCCCUCGGUCCCUGCGUCCCCUAGCGCCACGCCGCGGGCAUGGGGCCCGGCCGGCCGGCCCCCGCGCCCUGGCCUCGUCACCUGCUGCGCUGCGCCCUGCUCCUCGGGGGUCUGCACCUCGGCCGCCCCGGGGCCGCCGCCGCUGCACUCUCGGAACCCAACGUCUUCCUCAUCUUCAGCCAUGGACUGCAGGGCUGCCUGGAGACCCAAGGUGGGCAAGUCCGAGUCUCCCCAGCCUGCAAUGCCAGCCUUCCUGCCCAGCGCUGGAAGUGGGUCUCCCGAAACCGGCUCUUCAACCUGGGCACCAUGCAGUGCCUGGGCACAGGCUGGCCGGGCACCAACACCACCGCCUCCCUGGGCAUGUACGAGUGUGACCGGGAGGCACUGAAUCUUCGCUGGCACUGUCGCACACUGGGUGACCAGCUGUCCCUGCUCCUGGGGGGCCGUUCCGGCAACACGUCCAAGGCUGGCACCCCUGAGCGUGGCGACCAGACCCGCAGCGGCCAGUGGCGCAUCUAUGGCAGCGAUGAGGACCUGUGUGCUCGGCCCUACUAUGAGGUCUACACCAUCCAGGGCAACUCCCACGGGAAGCCGUGCACCAUCCCCUUCAAGUAUGACAACCAGUGGUUCCACGGCUGCACCAGCACAGGCCGCGAGGACGGGCACCUGUGGUGCGCCACCACCCAGGACUACGGCAAGGACGAGCGCUGGGGCUUCUGCCCCAUCAAGAGUAACGACUGUGAGACCUUCUGGGACAAGGACCAGCUGACGGACAGCUGCUAUCAGUUUAACUUCCAGUCCACGCUGUCCUGGAGGGAGGCCUGGGCCAGCUGUGAGCAACAGGGGGCGGAUCUGCUGAGCAUCACGGAGAUCCACGAGCAGACCUACAUCAAUGGGCUGCUCACUGGCUAUAGCUCCACACUGUGGAUUGGCCUUAACGACCUGGACACCAGCGGAGGCUGGCAGUGGUCGGACAACUCGCCUCUCAAGUACCUCAACUGGGAGAGUGAUCAGCCGGACAACCCGAGCGAGGAGAAUUGCGGAGUGAUCCGCACGGAGUCGUCGGGCGGCUGGCAGAACCGCGACUGCAGCAUCGCGCUGCCCUACGUCUGCAAGAAGAAGCCCAAUGCCACGGCCGCCGAGCCCCCGCCUCCCGACGUGUGGGCCAACGUGAAGGUGGAGUGCGAGCCCAGCUGGCAGCCCUUCCAGGGCCACUGCUACCGCCUGCAGGCCGAGAAGCGCAGCUGGCAGGAGUCCAAGAAGAUGUGUCUGCGGGGCGGGGGCGACCUGCUCAGCAUCCACAGCGUGGCGGAGCUGGAGUUCAUCACCAAGCAGAUCAAGCAGGAGGUGGAGGAGCUGUGGAUCGGUCUCAACGACCUGAAACUGCAGAUGAAUUUUGAGUGGUCCGACGGGAGCCUCGUGAGCUUCACCCACUGGCAUCCUUUUGAGCCCAACAACUUCCGGGACAGCCUGGAGGACUGUGUCACUAUCUGGGGGCCGGAAGGUCGCUGGAAUGACAGUCCCUGUAACCAGUCCCUGCCAUCCAUCUGCAAGAAGGCAGGCCAGCUGAGCCAGGGGGCCGCUGAGGAGGACCAUGGCUGCCGGAAGGGUUGGACGUGGCACAGCCCAUCCUGCUACUGGCUGGGAGAGGACCAGGUGACCUACAGUGAGGCCCGGCGCCUGUGCACCGACCACGGCUCUCAGCUGGUCACCAUCACCAACAGGUUCGAGCAGGCCUUUGUCAGCAGCCUCAUCUACAACUGGGACGGCGAGUAUUUCUGGACGGCCCUGCAGGACCUCAACUUCACCGGCUCCUUCCGCUGGCUCAGCGGGGAUGAGGUCAUGUACACCCACUGGAACCGGGACCAGCCCGGGUACAGCCGUGGGGGCUGCGUGGCCCUGGCCACGGGCAGCGCCAUGGGGCUGUGGGAGGUGAAGAACUGCACGUCAUUCCGGGCUCGCUACAUCUGCCGGCAGAGCCUGGGCACGCCAGUGACGCCUGAGCUGCCUGGACCAGACCCCACACCCAGCCUCACCGGCGCCUGCCCCCAGGGCUGGGGCUCAGACCCCAAACUCCGGCACUGCUAUAAGGUGUUCAGCGCGGAGCGGCUGCAGGACAAGAAGAGCUGGGUCCAGGCCCAGAGGGCCUGCCAGGAGCUGGGGGCCCAGCUGCUGAGCCUGGCCAGCUAUGAGGAGGAACAUUUUGUGGCCAAUAUGCUCAACAAGAUCUUCGGUGAGUCAGAGCCCGAGAUCCACGAGCAGCACUGGUUCUGGAUCGGCCUGAACCGUCGAGACCCCGGAGCGGGGCACAGCUGGCGCUGGAGCGAUGGACUAGGGUUCUCUUACCACAAUUUCGACCGGAGCCGGCACGACGAUGACGACAUCCGGGGCUGUGCAGUGCUCGACCUGGCCUCCCUGCAGUGGGUAGCCAUGCAGUGCGAGACGCAGUUGGACUGGAUCUGCAAGAUCCCUCGAGGCGCGGACGUGCGGGAGCCUGACGGCAGCCCGCAAGGCCGACGGGAAUGGCUGCGUUUCCAGGAGGCGGAGUAUAAGUUCUUCGAGCACCACUCCACGUGGGCGCAGGCGCAGCGCAUAUGCACGUGGUUCCUGGCCGAGCUGGUCUCCGUGCACAGCCAGGCGGAGCUUGACUUCCUGGGGCACAACCUGCAGAAGUUUUCUCGGGGCCAAGAGCAGCACUGGUGGAUCGGCCUGCAUACUUCAGAGAGCGACGGGCGCUUCAGAUGGACAGAUGGUUCCGUUAUAAACUUCAUCUCCUGGGCACCCGGCAAGCCUCGGCCCAUAGGCAAGGACAAGAAGUGCGUGUACAUGAUGGCCAGCCGAGAGGAGUGGGGGGACCAGAGGUGCAUGACAGCCUUGCCCUACAUCUGCAAGCGCAGCAACAGCACCAGAGAGCAGCAGCCCCCAGACCCACAACCCACAGGUGGCUGCCCCCCUGGCUGGAGCCAGUUCCUCAACAAGCCCCCGAGCCUCCCCAGGGCCUGCGGCCGAGGGCUCCGCAGCGGAGUUUCUGGGUGUGUGGGACAGGGAGGUGGAGCAGGAUGCCAUGCCUCCCCCUCCGCCCCACAGUGUUUCCGAAUCCAGGGCCAGGACCCCCAGGACCGGGUGAAGUGGUCAGAGGCACAGUUCUCCUGUGAACAGCAAGAGGCCCAACUGGUCACCAUUGCAAACCCCUUAGAGCAAGCAUUCGUCACAGCCAGCCUGCCCAAUGUGACCUUUGACCUUUGGAUUGGCCUCCAUGCCUCGCAGAGGGACUUCCAGUGGGUAGAGCAGGAGCCUCUGCGGUACACCAACUGGGCCCCCGGGGAGCCCUCUGGCCCUAGCCCUGCCCCCAGCGGCAACAUACCGACCAGCUGUGCGGUGGUCCUGCACAGCCCCUCAGCUCACUUCACUGGCCGCUGGGAUGAUCGGAACUGCGCGGAGGAGACACACGGCUUCAUCUGCCAGAAGGGCACGGACCCCUCCCUGAGCCCAUGCCCAGCAGCAUCGCUCCCUGCCCCGGGCACUGAGCUCUCCUACCUCAACGGCACCUUCCGGCUGCUGCAGAAGCCGCUGCGCUGGCAUGAUGCCCUCCUGCUGUGUGAGAGCCGCAACGCCAGCCUGGCACGCGUGCCUGACCCCUACACCCAGGCCUUCCUCACGCAGGCUGCCCGAGGGCUGCGCACGCCACUCUGGAUCGGGCUGGCCAGUGAGGAGGGCUCCCGGCGGUACUCCUGGGUCUCGGAGGAGCCGCUGAGCUAUGUGAGCUGGCAGGACUGGGAGCCCCAGUACCCGGGGGGCUGUGCCUACGUGGAUAUGGAUGGGGCCUGGCGCACCACCAGCUGUGACACCAAGUUGCAGGGGGCUGUGUGUGGAGUUAACGGAGGGCCCCCUCCUCCCCGAAGAAUAAGCUACCAUGGCAGCUGUCCCCAGGGGCUGGCGGACUCGGCGUGGAUUCCCUUCCGGGAGCACUGCUACUCCUUCCACAUGGAGCUGCUGCUGGGCCACAAGGAGGCGCUGCAGCGCUGCCAGAGAGAGGGUGGGGUGGUCCUGUCCAUCCUGGAUGAGAUGGAGAACGUGUUUGUCUGGGAGCAUCUGCAGAGCUCUGAGGGCCAGAGUCGGGGCGCCUGGCUGGGCAUGAACUUCAACCCCAAAGGAGGUACGCUGGUCUGGCAGGACAACACAGCUGUGAACUACUCCAACUGGGGGCCCCCGGGCCUGGGCCCCAGCAUGCUGAGCCACAACAGCUGCUACUGGAUCCAGAGCAGCAGCGGGCUGUGGCGCCCGGGCGCCUGCACCAACAUCACCAUGGGUGUCGUCUGCAAGCUCGCCCGAGCUGAGGAGAGCAGCUUCUCCCCAUCAGCAGCCCUCCCGGGGAGCCCUGCGGCCCUGCUGGUGGUGCUGAUGGCGGUGCUUCUGCUCCUGGCCCUGCUGACGGCGGCCCUGAUCCUCUACCGGCGACGACAGGGCGUCGAGCGCGGGGCUUUCGAGGGCGCCCGCUACAGCCGCAGCUCCUCCGGCCCCGGCGAGGCCACUGAGAAGAACAUCCUGGUGUCAGACAUGGAGAUGAACGAGCAGCAGGAGUAGAGCCAAGGGCGUGGGCGGGGCCGGGGCAGGAGGAGCUGGGUCCGCUGGGCCCGCCCCCAGCUACAGUCCAGUCGGCCCAUGGAGGGGUGCCCUUGGGAGCUGCCGUGGGGAGCUGGGGCUGGCAGGGCCUGGGCUGGUGGGCUUCCUCCCUCCCACGAGGGCUGGGCUGAGACCUGGCUGAGUGCAGCGUGGCGUUUCCCUUUGGGGGGGUCUUAAGGUCUUGUCACCCAGGCCUGUUACCUCAUGGUAACCAGAGGCAGGACGGGAGCUCCUUUCUGCCUCUUCCUCCCCGGGCCCGCCUGCCCAGGCCUGUGCCCCAGGCCCCAGGACCUGCUUCUCGCUGCAGAGUCUGAGGAACCUGCCCUGAGCCCUCAGCCGGCCUCUUGCUUCUCUCCUUCCCUGGCAGCCUCAGCUCUGAGCCCCUCACGCCAGCUCCUUUCCCUCCCUGCCCCCCUUGUCACACAGCCCUCCCUUCUGAGCCAGGGCCCUGGGGUUUGGGGAGCCCUCUUGCUCUUGGUGGGGGUCGGCUGAGGGGGCCGAGCAUUUGUCACUCCUGUGCCUGCUGGGGUGGCCGUGGGACAUGGCAGGGGGGCCUGGGCCGGAUGGAGAACAAGAGCAUCACUGUGGCGUCAGCUGGGCUUGGGCUGGAGACAGGACAGGGGAGAGACACCCUGACUUCCUGGGGGUGACCAGGCUGGGCUGGGUGUCAUCUCCUGCCGGCCGGGGGGAGGGCUGUGUCCCUAAAGAGUCCCCUGUGGGGACCAAAAUAAGUUCCCUAACGUUUCCAGCUCCUGGCUCUAGUUUGGAGAGAGGUGGUGUUUGGCCAGGGUCCUAGGGGCUUCAGAAGCGAGAGCCCAGGGACGCCUUCUAGUGGGGCCCAGAAGAAGAGCGCCUGAGUCCCCCGAGUGGCCCCAUGCGGGUGGAGCCGAGCCACCCAGCACCUUUCCAAGAGGCCGAAAUCCCAGCAGGAGUCACCAGUCCUGGUGCCGCGACCCAGGACAAUGUGAACAUGGACUCGAAGACAUGGUCCUUUUUUGUAGUUCUUAAUUUUUUUAAUGUGCCAUUAUUGUUUUAAAAAAGAGAAAAAAGAAAAGCAAACAAAUAAAACACCUUUAAGAGGC